GCUUUCAAUCGAGUGGCUUCUUCGGCUGUAUGAGCUUCUGUUGCAGUCCUUAGCUGUGCUGCGAUGACAUAGCUUGGAAAUCAAACCAAACGCUACAAUAAUGGUGUCACAUUUUUUAAAGCGAGAAUAUGAAAUGUGUUGACGCAUGUCAUCGAAUGAAUUAUUUUUUAAAGAUUUUCAGCUGAACUCACACCUGUCUACACUGGCUAGCAUCCACAAGAUUUACCACACUCUGCACAGGCUGAACCUAACGGAGGACGUUGGGCCGGCAUCGCAUACCACAGCCUGCUGCUCCAGACCCAUGCCCCCCAGGAAAAAGAGGAGACCCACUGCUGGGGAUGACCUGUCUGCCAAGAAGAGUCGGCAGGACAGUGUUUUCAGAAAACACGAGUCCUCACGUAUCCAGGAGGAGGAGGCCUUCUCCAGUAAGAGGUGUCUGGAGUGGUUCUACGAGUAUGCCGGAUGUGAUGAUGUCGUGGGACCAGAGGGGAUGGAGAAGUUCUGUGAAGAUAUAGGAGUGGAACCAGAAAAUGUGGUGAUGCUGGUCCUAGCCUGGAAGCUGGACGCCCAGAGUAUGGGCUAUUUCACCUUACAGGAGUGGCUGAAGGGCAUGGGCUCCUUGCAGUGUGACUCAACAGAGAAGCUGCGCAGGUCCCUUGAUUACCUGAGGUCUGUCCUUAAUGACCCCACCAACUUUAAGCUCAUCUACCGAUAUGCCUUUGAUUUUGCCCGGGAAAAGGACCAGAGGAGUUUAGACUUGAAUACAGCCAAAUGCAUGCUGGGUCUUCUCCUGGGGAAGACAUGGCCAUUGUUUCCCGUGUUUAACCAGUUUCUAGAGCAAUCGAAGUACAAAGUUAUAAAUAAAGACCAGUGGUGCAAUGUCCUAGAGUUCAGCAGGACCAUCAAUCUGGAUCUUAGCAACUAUGAUGAAGACGGAGCUUGGCCCGUGUUGUUGGAUGAGUUUGUAGAGUGGUACAAAGACAGGGACAUGUCAUAGUGACUGCUGUCCUGCCCUCAACCACCAAACCACAACGAACGGAAUGGCAAAAGGCACCGACAAUGACAACAGCGGCUUUGGAAAAUGAAAACGUCAAACAAACAAACAAAACAAACUCACUAACAAACGGAACUCAAGGGAGCAGGUGUGGGCGGAUGGUAGGUGCCCCCUCCCUGUGCUGACGAAAUGGGGGGGUGCGGGGGGGGACGGGCAAGGACUGGCACCCUCGCUGCAUGCUGCCCCUUCCUAUCAGGGCCAGAGGUCACUGGUAGUGACUACAGGAUGGAGUGUGGGUGGGUUGGGGCAGGGGUCACCUCACCUACCGCUCCCCAAGUACCGUUCCCCACCUGCAGCUCCGCUCUGUGAGUAAGCACACGGCCUGCCCCCACUGGUGGCGCUCCCUCACUGUGACAUGUCGUAUUGCUGUGAGUGUACCAUGGAUGUGAACAAAAUGGCCUCGGCUCAAAGCAGGUCUGCACCGCUACAGUCCUGGGGGGCCUGUGUGUGUGUGCGCGUAUGCGUGCGUGUGUGUGUGUGUGUGUGGUAGUAAUAGUAAUAGCAGGGUCACGACAGCUGUUAAUUGCUCUGAGUGAUCAAUGAAAUUAAGCUGUGAGAUCCACUGCGUGGUUGAAGCCGCACAGGCCCCCAAGGGCUGGGGUUGUUUUUCGCCCAGUUCCAGAGGGAGUUAUUCUUCUACUUCCCCUCCUUCCCACGGAGAAAUGCAAAUAUACUCCCUCUGCACUUUUAGUCUUAAAAACAAGGUCACUUUGACCAGGCACAUGGUCUGAAAAUAGAUAAUAUUUGGUAUCUUUGUGCUUGGAUGUGCUUGGCUUUUUAUUCUGUAAUCAUUGUUUCCCUUAAUGAUAUUUCAGAUGAACUUCCCUGAACACAACACAUGAAAUGGGAGGGGAAGGGGUAGAAUCUUGUCAUACUUCUAACACUGUUAAGCAGUCGAGUCAUCAGUACUUCACCCCUUACUCGUCUAAAUAGCAAGAAUUGUUUAGGAAAUUGCUUCUUAGUAAACAUUACAAGGGGUCAAUGUGGCCAUCUAUACUUUAUCAUAUUUAUGGUACCUCACAUGUCACUCUUUACUCGGGUCAUUUUGAAUCACUCUAGCAAAAGAGCUAAAAAAGGGAAAGAGAAUUCCUUUUGGGCUAGUUUGCACAAAUGCAUUUCUUUAGCCAUGCCCAAACCACUGCACAGUGCGUGGACCCCAGAUCUCAUAGUGCCAUCAAGCAAUCAGCACAAAUACUGCAAUAAUUCUUUCUGCAGCCUGCUGUCAGGGCUGUGUUGGUUAAUGGAUAGGGGUCUAGGUGGGGGUGUCGUUUCCAUUGUUAGAUGAUGAACUAGCAAACCACAAGAGUGUGCUAAAGGCUGUCAACCACUGUGCAAGGAGUUAAAAUAGUGUGCUGUCACAUGGACCAGCAAGUUCAGAGACCAGACUAGACUUCUCAAAGCAUGCAAUUUUCUUGAUUGCACUCUACCGCCUAUUGUGUUAACGGUAAGCAAUUAUUGUCUAGCAAAUACCAUUUCUGAGAGAAAUGCAUUGGUGUAAAAGAGUUAGAGUGGUGUAAAAGAAAUUACUCUAACUAGAAUCAUGAAACAUAUACAUAGGUAAACACAUAUUUACAUUUGGAUAAAAUUCCCCCAAAAAUAUAUCUUAA